UCUCUCUCUCUCUCUCAAGCGAGACAAGAGAGAGAGAGAAUGCAGUUGUUAGCGCGUCCCCCUCCUCCUCCUUAUCACAAUUUCACUCCAAAACAGCAUCCUCUCUUCCUCCCUCACUAUUCCUCCUCCUCCUCCUCUCCCAGCCACCACCACCACCACCUCCGCCGCCGCCGCGACUUCGCCGCCUCAACCCUACUCUUACUCCUCAUUGCCCCCGCCGACGCAUUGAGUGCCGACACCACAACCAAUUGCCACCCUCCAACCCCCACCACCAGCAAAGCGUUUCUAGACAUAUCCAUAGAUGGAGACCCCAUUGGUCGGAUUACCAUUGGCCUCUACGGCGAUGCUGCCCCAGCCGGCUCCGCCCGGUUCCGCAGCCUUGUCAGCGGUGCCGCCGGUGUGAGCUACCGCCGCAAAGACUUCAUCAGAAUCACACCCAACUACGUGCAGCAUGGAGGAGUUCGAUCCUACGGCAUCGAUGCUGAGCUGGCGCAAAAGCGGCAGGGGAGCAAUUUCGGUGCCGAGAGCCUCCUCAGCGAGUGGGAGAAAGCAGCAGCAGCCAGCGAAGCCGAGGAAUGUAAGACUAAGACGAGGAAUGUGGCCGGGAGCGUUAGCAUUAUCGUGAGGAAUCCAUCAAAGCCACCCCCGAAGAUGAAGGUGGUGGCGCGACAAGGGAAGCUGGAGAUAGAUCAAGAAGAGGUCGGGGUCGACCCCAAUGGCACCGAGUUUGUGAUCGCCAUUAAGGACUCCCCGGAGUUGGACCCGUCAGCUUUGGUGGUGGGAAAAGUCCUGCAAGGAAUGGAUAUUGUGGAGAGAAUCGGACAAGUGAAGACCGUGCAAGAGAAUUCAUCGUCCCCCUAUUUCAGGGUCGCAAAGCUGAUCGGAGACAAGAGAGCAGUGGUAGCAGAAAGGGGAUUUAACAGACCUUACUCAAAGGUGGUUGUCACCAACUGUGGAUUGAUCGAAUGAAUGACUCUUGGACGCUCCAUCCGACAUAUGCCCGGGAUUGCUCGUCUGUCUCUUUGUAAUGAUAGACUACUGUUUCUACACCAACAUUUGUUGCUGCUAUUCCAAUGUGUCAGCCAUGACAAACAAAACCAUGAAUACGAUCCAAAAGAAGGUGAGGGCAAAAUUCCCCAUUGAAUAAAAAUUUCAACUCGCCUUUACAGUACAA